AUGCCUCACAACGCCCGCUGUCCUGCUGCUUUGCAAGCCUGUACAAAGACUCCUAUCCUGCGCCUCAGUCUCCCCAAACUACCUGUUCCAGAAGUUCUGGAUAAUGGAGAGGAUCCGGUCAAUGAUGAGAUAGAGGAGCAGAUGAAUGAGAAGGAUAUAGAGACUCAGUCUGAGAAUCCUUGAUAUCUGCGAAUCCCUACACCUGAGUCUGACAUCUCAUACAGAUUGUAUGAACGGGUGAUUAUCAAUGAGAUAAAGAAUAAGAGAGAUGACAAAAUGAUUAAUGAGUAGAAAGAAGAAGAAGAAUCAGAAGAAUGAAUCUAUAAUUUCUACAAUCAAUUCUUC